GACAUGGCAUCUGCUAGCUCCAGCCGGCCAGGAGUGGCCCUGCCUUUUGAGAAGUCUCAGCUGACUUUGAAAGUGGUGUCAGCAAAGCCCAAGGUGCAUAAUCGUCAACCUCGAAUAAACUCAUUUGUGGAGGUGGCAGUGGAUGGACUCCCCAGUGAGACCAAGAAGACUGGGAAGCGAAUCGGGAGCUCCGAGCUUCUCUGGAAUGAGAUCAUCAUCUUGAAUGUCACGGCCCAGAGUCAUUUAGAUUUGAAGGUCUGGAGCUGCCAUACUUUGAGAAAUGAACUGCUAGGCACAGCCUCUGUCAACCUCUCUAAUGUCCUGAAGAACAAUGGAGGCAAAAUGGAGAACACGCAGCUGACCCUGAACCUGCAGACGGAGAACAAAGGCGGUGUUGUCUCAGGCGGUGAGCUGACAAUUUUCCUGGACGGGCCAACUGUUGAUCUGGGAAGCGUGCCUAAUGGCAGCGCCGUGACAGACGGAGCCCAGCCACCUUCGAGAGAAUCCAGCGGGACAUCUGUUGCUCCAGAGAACCGGCACCAGCCCCCCAGCACAAACUGCUUUGGUGGGAGAUCUCGGACGCACAGACAUUCAGGUGGUUCAGCCAGAACAACCACAGCAGCCGGUGAGCAAAGCCCCGGUACUAGCAACCGGCACCGCCAGCCCGUUAAGAACCCAACCCACAGUGGCUUGGCCAAUGGCACAGUGACUGAUGAACCCGCUGCAGCCACUGAUCCUGAAGAACCCUCUGUUGUUGGUGUGACAUCCUCGCCUGCUGCAGUGUCGAGCGUGACCCCGAACCCCACUGCAGUGUCUCUCCCCGCUCCAGCCACACCGGCGGAAGGAGAGGAGCCCAGCACUUCAGGCACACAGCAGCGCCCGGCGGCUGCCCAGGCCCUCGAUGCUCUGCCUGCUGGAUGGGAACAGCGAGAGCUGCCUAAUGGGCGUGUCUAUUAUGUUGACCAUAAUACCAAGACCACCACCUGGGAGCGGCCUCUUCCUCCAGGCUGGGAAAAACGCACAGACCCCCGAGGCAGGUUUUACUAUGUGGAUCACAACACUCGGACCACCACCUGGCAGCGCCCCACAGCCGAGUACGUGCGGAAUUACGAGCAGUGGCAGUCACAGCGCAAUCAGCUCCAGGGCGCCAUGCAGCACUUCAGCCAAAGAUUCCUCUACCAGUCUUCAAGUGCUUCGACUGACCAUGACCCGCUGGGCCCCCUCCCUCCCGGCUGGGAGAAGAGACAGGACAAUGGACGGGUGUAUUACGUGAACCAUAACACACGCACUACCCAGUGGGAGGACCCGCGGACCCAGGGGAUGAUCCAGGAGCCAGCUUUGCCCCCCGGGUGGGAGAUGAAGUACACCAGUGAAGGCGUACGCUAUUUCGUAGACCACAAUACCCGCACCACCACCUUUAAGGAUCCUCGCCCAGGGUUUGAGUCCGGGACGAAGCAAGGUUCCCCUGGUGCCUACGACCGAAGUUUUCGGUGGAAGUAUCACCAGUUCCGUUUCCUCUGCCACUCAAAUGCCCUCCCUAGCCACGUGAAGAUCAGCGUUUCCAGGCAGACGCUUUUCGAGGAUUCUUUCCAACAGAUCAUGAACAUGAAGCCUUACGACCUGCGCCGCCGGCUGUACAUCAUCAUGCGUGGCGAGGAGGGCCUGGACUAUGGAGGCAUCGCCAGGGAGUGGUUUUUCCUCCUGUCUCAUGAGGUGCUCAACCCCAUGUAUUGUUUAUUUGAAUAUGCCGGGAAGAACAAUUACUGCCUGCAGAUCAACCCUGCCUCCUCCAUCAACCCCGACCACCUCACCUACUUCCGCUUCAUUGGCCGAUUCAUCGCUAUGGCUCUGUACCAUGGAAAGUUCAUCGACACAGGCUUCACCCUCCCGUUCUAUAAGCGAAUGCUCAACAAGAGACCAACCCUGAAAGACCUGGAAUCGAUCGACCCCGAAUUCUACAACUCUAUUGUCUGGAUCAAAGAGAACAACCUGGAAGAGUGUGGUCUGGAGCUCUACUUCAUCCAGGACAUGGAGAUCCUGGGCAAGGUGACAACCCACGAGCUAAAGGAAGGCGGGGAAAGCAUCCGAGUGACAGAGGAGAACAAGGAAGAGUACAUCAUGCUGCUGACCGACUGGCGUUUCACCCGGGGCGUGGAAGAGCAGACCAAAGCCUUCCUGGACGGCUUCAACGAGGUGGCCCCCCUGGAGUGGUUGCGCUACUUUGAUGAGAAAGAGCUGGAGCUGAUGCUGUGCGGCAUGCAGGAGAUAGACAUGAGCGACUGGCAAAAGAACACUAUUUAUCGGCACUACACCAAGAACAGCAAGCAGAUCCAGUGGUUCUGGCAGGUGGUAAAGGAGAUGGACAACGAGAAGAGGAUCCGGCUGCUGCAGUUCGUCACUGGGACUUGCCGCCUGCCCGUUGGCGGCUUUGCUGAGCUCAUUGGGAGCAACGGACCACAGAAGUUUUGCAUCGACAAGGUUGGCAAGGAAACCUGGCUGCCCCGGAGCCACACGUGUUUCAACCGUCUGGAUCUCCCACCGUACAAGAGCUAUGAACAGCUGCGAGAGAAGCUGCUGUACGCCAUCGAGGAGACUGAGGGCUUUGGACAGGAGUAACUGAGGCUGCCCCUUCCCACACCCCCCGGCGCACAUGUAGUCAUGAGUUCUUCCUGCCGGGGAGGCCGGUGGCCACAGAGCUCCCGGGAGGCUCCCCCCACCGCCCCAGGUGGCAGCCGUGCGUGGGACCACACUGUCCUCAGGCUGGUGGUAGCAGAGCCUGACCUCAGGAGGCCUGUCUGCCUCCCCCCACCCCCCCACCGGUGGCAGUCUGGAAUAAAGCCCCCAUGUCACCUUUGGUCCCGUCACCCACUGCAGAGUCUGGAGGCCUGACCCUCGCAGUCAGCUCUUCCCCCUUCCGCCCCGAGACCAGACCAGCCGUAGGCAGCAUGAGAAUGUGAGGGGGCGCCCUGUGCCCAGGGCUGCUGCAGGAGGCCUGGUUCUCGUGUGCUAGUGAGGCAGCAGGGAGCCCGGCCACCCACUCAGGCUGGCUCUUCUGGGCCCAGAAGGCCCAGGGUCUUUGCCAGUCAAGGACGUUCUGUUUUUGAUAGAACUUUUCCAGUGAUCUGUAUACGAUGGAGGUCUGAGGGAGAGGACGUCUUCCCGCACCCGGAGAGAGCACUGGGUCUGGGCGGCCACUCCCUGUCCCAGGGGGAUCCAGCCCCCGAGGCUGAGCGGUGAAGCCCAUCUCUGCACUCAGUGCGGGACCCUUUGUCCUUUCCUGCAAAUAAAGUGUUGUACCAGCUGCUAGGGUGGCAGCGGCUUGGAAACAACAAACCCCCUCAGACUUUCUUUGCCCUUUCACAUCAACUCGAAGCAUUCUGUGUGUAGGGUGACUUUGUGUUUUGAUGUCGGUGUGCUGCUAUCCCUUUGUGUCCAGGAGCUGGUAUGCCAGGUGUCGCUGGGACCUUGAGGGAUCUGGCACCAGUGGUCCAAGGACUUCCCCAACAGCUGCUCCUCUUAGGAACCCGCUUAGCAGUUCUGGGAGCUCAGGCGGGCCUUGCCCUGCAGCCCAGCCUCCCAGUGGCCCAGUCUCCAAGCCUUGACAGAGGGGAGGGGGGGAGGGUCCCAGGUGUCACCCAACCUUUGAUGGAGAACUCCCAUUGCUAGAUGUAGUUUCUAGGCAGCCCCAAGUGAUGGAGCAUGUGGGGGUGGGUGACCCUGUCACUCUGUCACUCUCCAGUGGCCCUUAAGGCUUCAGGCAGGUCCGUUAGUCUCCUGUUGAGAAUUCAGUGUGUCCCAGCCACCCUAGGGCAUGUCCAUCCUGCCUGGAAGGGCGGCUUUAUCUGGACACGGAAGGUGACGGUCUUGGAGACCAGCAGAACGGAGUUCCCACCAGCCUCCGACAUGGGCAUUCCGUGGCGUGCGGCGAUCGGCAAGCAGAACAUGCUCCUCUGGGAUGCUGGAGGGGUUGCUCAAGCUCUCCAGUCUGGGCCCUCGGGCUCCAGCCCUGAGCACCGACGACAGACUAGCUUGAGCCUCCUAGGACCCUAGGCAGGCCCACUGACCUCUGUAGGGCAGUGUCACAUCCCCAGAUCCUGGUCCUUCCUUCCCCCCACUCCCCCCCACCCCCGGGCCACAGAGGGAGGGAGAGCCUGUGUCCACUGUGUUGCAUUUGCUGAUUUGAGUGGCUCAGCUCACUGGAGCUCAACCUUUUUUCUUUUCCUCGAGUCAUUUGCUGUGCUUCCCUGCAAUAUUCCACACUACUGGGGGGUUGGGGUACCAGCUGCUGUGUGGGGUCUGGAAACCCGCGACUCAUGGCUGUUCAGAGUGUGUUCAUGUGUGUGUGUGCGUGUGUACAUACAUGUAUGUAACCGAGGUGUCGUGUAGAAUGUCCUUUGGUAGCUCUGGGUUGGUUGACAGAUGGUUUUGUGAUACUUAACCCCCUUGCCUUGGUAUUGCCAGUUUCUCGUGCAAUAAACAAUCAGCAGCUGU